AUCACACUAUCUCUAAGCACUUACUUUGCUUUUGUAGUGACGGUAUGGCGCCAGAGCGACUCUUGUGAACGUCACCUUACCGGAUAUAAUAUGUGUAUUAAUGAAAAGAUAACGCUCUUGGAGUCAAAAGCUGGACCCACUAAUCUAUCACAAAACAAACCAACUCAUCAAAUCUCAUUCAUGGCUACUGCUUCACGCGAUAUAAAACCAAUCGUCGGAGGAACUCUUAUUUUUGACCAAGUUCUAACCAAUAAGGGGGGAGCUUACAACAGAAAUACUGGUAUCUUUACCGCCCCGGUAUCCGGGUCAUACUUCUUCGUGGUCACUGUAAGUAUUCCAACCCCAUCCCCCGCAAACGGCCAGGACUACGUAAGGAUAGAUAUCAUGAAGAAUGGCAAAUUAUCCGGGUACUUGUUUAUCGGAACUCAAGGUAUAUGGAUCAAAAGAUCAGAAAAUACGUUACUGGAACUUUCAAAAGGGGACAAAGUAAACCUGCACGUCAGAACCACAGGAAGUGGGUUUCAACGCAUUGCGGGAGGAAGCUAUCACUCGCACUUCUCUGGAUUUUUGAUUAAUUGAAACAUUUUUAUUUGAAACAAUUGAAUAAAGUUGUUUAUGUAAGUAACAA